AUGACAUCCAUCUUUUCUGUCAAAGGCCUCGUCGCUGCAGUAACUGGAGGCGGGACAGGGAUUGGGAGAGAAGUAUCGCACGCCCUUGUUGCCGCUGGCGCAUCCAAGGUCUAUAUCCUAGGAAGGCGUGGAGUAGAACUGGACCAUUGCAAGACUACCUCUUCCAAACCAUCUGCAAUUAUCCCUAUCAUCUGCGAUGUCACCUCGAGGAACUCUCUUGACGCUGCAACUGCCCAAAUUCGGUCCGAAGCUGGUUAUAUCAACCUUCUCUUUGCCAAUGCAGGCAUCAACGACAUUCCCAAGGCAGUCAUGGAUCCCUCAAGCGUGCAGUCCCUUCAAGAAGGGCUCCAAACCAUAGUCGAUGUGGACAUGUACGCAGAAGUGUAUCGUAUCAACACACUUGGUACACUCGAGACCAUCAUAGCUUUUCUGGCCCUUCUCGAUGAAGGUAAUCGCCGCAAUAUCUUAUUCCAAACGUCCCAAGUUCUCAUUACUUCAUCUAUAACCGGAACCGCAAAAGCCACAUAUGGCAAUUUUGGCUACGCCGCUAGCAAAGCUGCAAUUGGUCUUCUAGCGAAACAACUCUCUGGUAUCCUUAUGCCGCAUCACAUUCGCAUCAAUGUGUUAGUUGCGGGCAUCUAUGGACAAGGCAUGACAGCUGGUAUGCUGCAGAUGCUUACGCGCGACGAUCCAACGAAGAAGGGUUCAAUUCAAAGAAAAUAUAUUCCUGCGGAACGGGCGGGGAGCGUGAUUGACCUCACGGGCACGGUUUUAUUUUUGGCAAGUCGGGCUGGAGGGUACAUUUCAGGCGCGGAGAUUGUGUCAGAUGGAGGAUUACUCGCUGUGCCACCAUCCUGGGCUGUGCCAACCCCGCUCUCAGAAUUCUUUGGCGACAUAAGUUAG